AAUUACUCCCUCAGCGUCUGGGAACUUCACCAAUGACCUGAAACCACUUUCUCUGCAAAACCAAAUCACAGAAACAACCAUAACCCGUAAUGGAAGUUUAAUUGAAAGAAGCAAAAGGCGGAAAAUAAUGGUGACGAGACGAGAUUUGCUGAAAUGGCAUCUUCUCAUUCUUCUUCUCCUCCUAACGAUUUCUUAUCGAGUUUUGUGCUUGAGCUCUGCCUCGGCCAUAUGCGAUUUCAGCAUCACCGACCGUAACAAGCUCUACAACUUCAACUUGGCUUCUCCCUUGCGAAAUUUCCCUCAUGGCGUCCUCAGCGAAGAUGGGUUUUAUAAGGUGGAAGAAAACGAGACUGUGCUAUGGUUUCAGCUUUGCGAUGUGAUGGGUUUCAACCACGAUCCACCUAAAUGUGUUGACUGCCCGGACUGUGGAGGCCCCUCACACUGUGGUAUGAAUUGUAGUGCACUUGUGGCUAACAACAUAGGAGGUUAUCCAGUAUGCACUACUAUUGGGCGUGCUAAAAGCAUAAGUAUUAACAUUAUUGAUAAGGAAAAUCCUCCCAUGGGUGUCAUUGUUAAGAUGUCAAAUAGUGGCCAAGCGCACAACUGUUCACUUACAGUCUCUGUAAUCUGUGAUGCAAAUGGAGUUCAGGGACCUUAUUCACUGAACCGGACUGGGACAUGUGCUUAUGCUACAGAGCUAAAACAUCCUUCUGGCUGUGCCGAGGUUGCAAAUAUAAAUGCAAAAGGGUGGGGCUGGUUUAGUACCUUAAUCUUAAUCAUCGUAUGCCUUUUUGGAGCAUAUCUUCUGGCUGGUGCAGUUUAUCGAUAUUUCUUCCUUGGAAUUCGUGGUAUAGAGGUUAUUCCAAACCUGGAAUCCUGGACCAGCUUACCUCAGAGAACACAGAGUUUUUUUGCAUCGCUUGUGAGAAGAUUCAGAGGACCUUCACAAGGUUAUCGAAGCUCGUAUUCUUCUGUCAACUUCUGAGUGCAAAUAUUUUAAUAUUUGGUGAGUUCAUUUUGGUAUAAUUUCUUCUCUACCGUGAGCAUUUUCGACACCAAGUGCAAGUUGUUGAGUAUCUUCAAAGCAGCCCUCUAGUUUGAAGCCUGUUGUUUCACCAAAAAAAUGGACUUUUGCAGAACUAGGACUUAGAUCACGCUCCAUAAUAUCGCUCCUCUCCACCCCGUCAAAUUCAAUCAAUUAUUUUAUUCCCGCCAUUGAUAUUCAGUAGCUUGGUAAUCCCCGUAGUCCUUGCUCUAGCAAUUGCUAGCAUUGUUCUUUUUCUCUAAUAUUUGAAUUUUCACUGGCUCUCGUUCAAACAAUUUUGGAGACAUUGAUUUCUUAUACA